GGAUGAAGCCGCGUUCUCUGGAUAUGGAGGAUCUGGUGAGGAGCCUCCCGGGAGGUCGGAGAUCACAUGACAUGCAGGUAUUUCCCCUCCACACAUGGAGGUCACAAGGUCUUGUUGGGGUCCACAGAGGAUGGCUGGCAAAAUAUUAAUCACAGAGCAGAGGUUUCGGGCCUCUCUGGACCCCCCGACAUUCACUCAGCACAGAGAAUGCCGGAAAAUGGCACCCAAAACCCCGGAAGAGAUGUCAGCCGAAGGCAGAGAGUCGUCUGCCGGACUCAGAGCUCGGAGCCGGGCAGAAGCUGGUGCCGUACUUUUCUUCCUCAUCUUCAGAAAAUGGUGACCCGGGUCCCUGGCUGGUCUCCGUCACGGUGUCCCCUCCUCCUCCCCCCCUCAGCCCUGGUACCCCCGCAGUCCUCGGGGGCGUGGUUCCUCGGUCUCAGCCCGUCUCUGCGCUCCUCUCCGGUGGAUGAUGUCACAGUGGGCGGGGUCGUACCACCAGUUUUGUUUGAGGAGGUCCAGAUCUGCUGCAGCUCUCCGCUUCAGGAGCCCACCCUGUCCUCCACCCUGAGCCGGGAUCACAGUUACCAAUCACAGAAGGGGGUCAGUACGGGGGAUCCCGGACCCCAGCAGGAUGAAUCCCGGGGGGAGAAGCAGCAGCCAGACACCAGUGCCGGCACAGAGCUGAAGAUGAGACCUCCGGGAUCGGUGACUAAGUCCAGAGCCUGCAGCAAAGUCAGAGCAGGGAAGGUGAAGCCGCCAGCCUCCGGUCACCCCCCGAGCGCACAUACUUCUGGAAAAGCUGGGAAGCCGUUAGGUCCCACCAGGCUGCAGCCAAUGAGGAAGAAGUGUGUGAACGGAUUCAUCAUGUUCUGCAGACUGAACCGUAAAGCCUAUCUCAGGGUAAAUCCCGGCACGGCGUCCACUGCAGCCACCAGAGACCUGGCAGAUCUGUGGAGAAAUAUGUCCCUGCAGGAGAGGCGGCCAUACUGUAUGAAGGCUCUGCGCUUCAGUCUGAACCACGACCGUCUGGUGAAGCAGAGAAAUGUGAGCCUCCUGCACGGGGACGUGUCUCCACCCAAACCGCUGACUGUGCUGCUGGCGGAGAAGUCCUGUCCGGUCACCUCGGUGCCCAGAUACUCUCUCCAGGAUACGGAGUUCUUCGUUCACGAUCUAUAA